AUGCCAUCCCCAAUUGCUGCAGGUCUCCACUGCCUAUUUCUACUGGUCACAGCAUGUUGCCAGGCAUCACAGGACUCAAACUCUGAGCCAUUCAUCCCAUAUGUAAUUGACAGUGUGCUAGGAGAAGAAAGCUUCCAGUCAGAGAUGCAAAGGCAGAAGCGAAACAUGCUUACUUUAGACCUUCCCCCACUGGAGUACACCGUUGACGUUGAAGUAAGCUUUAGGGAUUCAUCUUUUCUGGAGCCAAUCAAAGAGUAUUUCAAAAACCUUAGUCUUCCAGUUUCCACAAAUAUUUCAAAUGUAGAAAUGACAGUUUCGGACAUCAACAUUACAACAGUUUGCCUGCCCAGCGGUGAGAACAAUAGCUGUUGUGCUUGUGAAAAUGGAUAUGCCUGGCCAAGUGCGGUGUGCAGUGACUUGAUAACCUGCCCUUCUGUCAGCCUAACACCUGACCUGCCGUGUGGCUACAUGAAGAAAAUGCCUUUUGACGGGCCUUACUGUGAGCCUCAGACUGAAGACUCAUGUGGUAUGGGAGAUCCUAUUGUAAUGAAAAUGUCAGUCAGACUCGACACAGACUUUAGGGAUGAUCUCAAUGAUCCUUCUUCUGAAUUAUACAAAAAAUACAAAGAUGACCUUGAAAAAGCGUUUAAUGCUAGCUACAGAUGUUUACCAGGCUUUGUAUCAGCAACAGUAACUGGUUUCAGUUCUGGAAGUGUUUUUGUGAACUAUGAAGUAAAAGCAGGAACAGCAAGCAUGGAUCAGAUAGCAAAUUCCCACAAAAUUGUACCACAAUUUCUAGAUGAAGAGUACCAGCUAAACCAAUCUACCUUCACAGCAGAAAUAACUAAUCAGACAAAAUUCACUGUGAAUCCUGUAGACAUUUUUGAAGAAGAUACAGUAACAUUGAUUUGUGAGAUAAAUUCAACAUCUGAGAAUUUGACGUGGUAUCACUUUGACCAGAUCAUCUCAACAAGCUUCCUGUAUUCAAUGGAGAGAAUAGUUUCAAGGAGAACCUCAAGGUCGAUUCUUAAAAUUAAGAAUAUUACCAUGAAGAAUUCUGGUAACUACACGUGCGCUUUCACAAAUAGCAAUCCGUUUCUGAUUGUAUACAAGGCCACAAAAACUAUAGCAGUCUCUCCACUAUACAUCACUCCAAACUUGAACGACAUCGAUGUUACAUGCAACAGUCCUGAAAUGCAGACAAACAGCCCUCUGCUGUCCUGUUGUAUCCAGACACACUUGCCAUCACUGGCUGGUAACUGGAAAGUAAAUGGAGCAAUCAAUAUUGCAGGAGUCUCUAGCUUCAGUGAAAACUGCACUGAAUACAAGCUCAACAUCAAUGAAUCACUAUGUCCACCUGAGAAGUCAGGUACAGUGACAACAUAUACAUGUGAGCUUCAGACUGGACACGGUGCCAGAAGCAGUGAAAACAUCAGAGUGACCUAUCUCCGGGCAGCCCAUGUUACAAUAUUGUCGAGCACGAACUCAUCAGUUUCUGAGGGAUAUGCUUUCAAUCUGACGUGUGAAAGUGAUGUGAGCAAUUAUGACCGUAUCAGUUGGAAAAUCCAGUCUGGAAAUAACACAAAAACCAUAGACUGCGGUACUUGCAUCAAAAAUAGCAGAUUUCCAGCCACGUCUGUGCUCACGGUGAAGACUGCCACACAGGACUGGAGUGGCACUUAUAUCUGUACAUUCUCCCAGAAGCACUUGGAGAGUUCUGCCAACGUUACAAUCGAAGUUGCUUCCUUGCCUCUGAAGCAGAACAUCCUGAUAGACCCCAUUAGAGCAUCUAUACAGUGCAAAGUGCAACAAACCCUUGAGUGCUGCAUAAGUGCUAACACCAUGGAAGAUUACACCGUCACGUUCAUGGUUCAACAAAAUGAAUUUCACGUUGGGAAAAAGAAAAAAGGAAAUUUUUUUUGCUACAUAUACAACUACACAGAAACAGAACACUGCAAAGAGAAAGAGAUCAGGGCAUAUUGCAAGUUUAUUAACCGCAUUGGACAGAAAGUCAGCAGUGAAAGUAUAAGACUGCAUCUGAUCCCUGAUAAAGAAGUUUCCUGCUCAGACAGCUUGGGCAUUGGAAGAGAAGGGUCCAUAUUAAUAAAGCCAUGUCGUGAGUUAAAUAAUACAGAUGGCUUUACCCGAGGCAAUAAAACUUACAAGUGCUCCAACAAAUCAUGGAAGGUUGAAAGGAAUGACUGCCUGUCUGCACCAAUAAGCAACUUGCUGACUAAUGCUGAGUCCUUGGUUAACAGUCCUGAAGCAAAAGCAAACCUACCUAAAUACCUUGAAGAGCUUAACAAAGAGACAGGAAAGGAUCAAAGCACAAUAAACAAUUCUCCUGCAAACACAGGCGCUAUUGUUACCAUCCUGGAUAUGGUCUCCUAUAUCCCAGCAGAAGCAGAGGAACACACUAUUCAAAAUUUCCUCUCUGUAGUGGACUUUAUUGUUCCUGAUUCCACAAGUAAAGCUUGGGAAGAACUGAACAAAGAGAUGGUACCCAAAAGUUCUUCAUUACUGCAGUCAGUAGAAAAUUUUUCCCUGCGCCUCCAACCAGUUAAUAACACCAUUCCUUCUGUCUCUGCAAAGACCCUUCAUCUACAAGGUAUAGUCGUCACAGGAAAUAACGACACAGAUUAUAAUAAGAACUUCAGCAGUACAGAAAACCUCACAGUUAAUGUGCUCAUUGGCAAAAAUGAAAUUCAGAGUCUAACCCAAAAUUCAACCAUUGUCAGUGUGAUGUACUCAAAACUUGGACAUAUUUUGCCCCGGAAUGGGCCUGAGUAUGUGAAUGGCUUACUGAUAACAACAGUUGUGAGCAGCAACAGAAGCCAGAGUUUUGAUAUUAAUAUGACUUUUGCAAAGGAAAACUCAUCUCUAAAGAUGCCCCAGUGUGUCUUUUGGAACUUCACACUCAACAAGCAUAGAGGAGGCUGGGAUACUCGUGGUUGCACACCCACAGAAGUAGAAGGUAAUAUCGUUUGCUCCUGCAAUCACUUGACAUCAUUCUCCAUUUUGAUGUCACCUGAUAAAUCCUCCCACGUAAUCUUUGAAGAUUAUAUUACCUACAUUGGCUUGGCCAUUUCAAUCUUGAGUUUGGUGGCCUGCAUUAUAAUUGAAUUCUUAGUCUGGAAAUACGUGACAAACAACACAACCUCCUAUAUGCGCCAUAUCUGUAUACUCAACAUAGCCACAUCACUCCUGAUCGCUGACAUUUGGUUCAUUGUCACUGCCUCCAUCAAUGACCAAAACCAACAGAAGAACAGAAAUAUCUGUUUCGUGGCCACCUUCUUCAUUCAUUUGUUCUACCUAUGUGUCUUUUUCUGGAUGCUCAGCCUGGGCCUCAUUCUUUUCUACAGACUGGUCUUCAUCUUACAUAACACAAGCAAGACCACUCAGAAAGCAGUGGCAUUCUGUCUGGGAUAUGGAUGCCCCUUUGUCAUUGCAGUCAUCACCCUCGCUGUCACACUGCCAAGGAACAGUUACACCAGAAAGGAUGUCUGCUGGCUCAACUGGAAGGACAGCAAAGCUCUCUUGGCCUUUGUCAUACCAGCCCUGAUCAUCGUGGCCAUGAAUUUGUUCAUCACCGCCGUUGUUAUAAUAAAAAUACUGAGGCCAACUAUUGGGGAUAGGUCAAACAGGCAGGAGAGGAACUCUUUGUUUCAAAUUGGCAAGAGUGUGGCCAUCUUGACACCACUGUUAGGCCUCACUUGGGGAUUUGGCCUUGCCACUGUCAUCAAAGACAGCCAUCGAGCUUUCCACAUCCUCUUUGCUCUGCUCAAUACUUUGCAGGGAUUAUUCAUUUUGGUGUUUGGGACUCUCUGGGACAAGAAGAUACAAGAAGCCCUGCUGAAGAGGAAUUCAACGUCCAAAUGGAGUUCGCAGCAAACAAAGUCAUCCUCCCUGAUCCUGGUGACACCAAUGCUUGCCAUGAGCUAUCCAUUUUCAAGAACCUUUAACAACUUAUGUGGAAAAACAGGAAAAUACAGAGUAUCUUCUUCAGAGCCAUCCACCUCUUCCUCUGAAAACACUUCCAAGUCAUAUUCUUUGCUUAACUGA